ACCCCAUAUCACUGAAAUGAAAUCCAAAACCUCCCAAAAGGAUGAAAACCCUACACCUCAGAAGACGACGCUUGUAACGAAUUUGCAAAGAAAACAGAUACAAAAAAGAGAAACAUGGCGAUGUAUCUGAGACGGGCGAUUUCCUUUACAAGCUCUGUUAUGCUUCGUCGUAGCUGUAAUUGUGCCAUCCAAAUUGGCAAUUUCUCCAACCAUCUCAUUUCAAACUCAGGAAUUCACAGAACUCAAAAUUUGCCUGCCUUUAAUUUCCUCGGAGACCAUUGUCGAGGAUUUGCCAAGGGCAAAAAAUCAAAGGAUGAUUCUGCUGGGGAUACGGUUCAAUUUGUACCUGAUAUUGGUCCUACUAUUAAGGCAGGUGCUGCCUCGCAGAUGGAUGCAGCAAUAGUUGCAUUGUCUCGUGAAUUAGCCAAAUUGCGAACUGGACGGGCAUCUGCAGGAAUGCUUGAUCAUAUCAUUGUUGAAACCGAUGGUCUAAAAUUGCCCUUGAAUAGGUUAGCUGUUGUUGCAGUUAUGGAUCCUAAAACCCUGUCUGUGAAUCCAUACGAUCCAAAUACCCUAAAGGCACUAGAGAAGGCCAUUGUUUCAUCACCAUUGGGUUUAAAUCCUAGAGUGGAUGGUGACCGAUUGAUUGCAUCUGUACCACCAUUAACCAAAGAGCAUAUACAGGCUAUUUGUAAGGUGGUUUCCAAAUCUUGUGAAGAUGUGAAACAAAGUAUAAGAAGGGCUCGCCAGAAGGCAAUAGAUACAAUAAAAAAAGCAGGUUCAAGUUUUUCCAAGGAUGAGAUCAAGAGAUUAGAGAAAGAGGUUGAUGAGUUGACAAAGAAGUUUGUCAAGUCAGUGGAAGAUAUUUGUAAAGCUAAGGAAAGAGAAAUUAUUGGAGGCUGACGCUUUGAGCAUCAUAAUGUUGUUUUAAAGAUAAAUUUAGGCUACAACAUUAAUACAUAGAUUCCAAUUUUAAUUAUCAAAAUCCACUGUAAUCUCUUUCUGUAAUGUUUCUGUAGCACUUUAUUGAUUUAAAGAUAGAAUGAGGCUGCAUGCUUGUUUCACAGCAUUAUAAAGGCAAUGGAACAUUCUCCAAA